CGUAACACUGGAGCCACCGAGGAUCCUUCUGGCGAUGCUUUUCACGUUUCCCACAGGUUUUUAAAAAUUCGGUUUGAAUGUUUUAUUCACCUUUUGCUAUUUUUUCUUAGAAUUUGAGCGCUUAUUUCUGUAGUGUGUUAGACAUUGUUUGGAUUUAAGCGUGUAUGGGUGCAGCUAGCUUCGAGGGCUGCAGUAACUUCGCUUUAACAUCAGUUUGACCCAUUGCCGUCAUUGACAAGUCGACUCUUGAAAUCAUCCAGACUUUUUUAUAUCCUACCAAAGAACACUUAAGCCCAAAAUGAGUGCUGGUGUUGCAAAGCCGGCGAACCCGGCGGCUCACGUCGACCCGAAAUCGGCUCCCUUGAAAGAAAUCCCCGAAGUCCUGGUGGACUCCCGCAGCAUGAAGAGGUACUCCAGGGGUCGCUUUCUUGGAAAGGGAGGUUUUGCUAAAUGCUAUGAAAUCACGGAUAUGGACACCAAGCAGGUUUUUGCUGGCAAGAUAGUGCCAAAAGCUUUGAUCCUGAAACAACACCAGAAGGAGAAGAUGGCGUCGGAGAUCGCCAUCCACAAGAGCCUCGGCCACCAGAACGUGGUGGGCUUCCAUGGGUUUUUCGAAGACGAAGACUUUGUGUUUGUCGUGCUGGAACUCUGCAGGAGAAGGUCGCUGCUGGAGCUGCACAAGCGACGCAAGGCUGUCACCGAGCCCGAGGCUCGCUACUACAUGUCCCACUUGCUGAAGGGUGUCCAGUACUUGCAUAAUAACAGAGUCAUCCACAGAGACCUGAAGCUGGGAAACAUCUUCCUAAACGACGACAUGGAGGUCAAGAUAGGUGACUUCGGUCUGGCUGCCAAGAUAGAGUUUGAUGGCGAGCGGAAGAAAACGUUGUGUGGCACACCCAACUACAUUGCACCUGAAGUGCUUUGUAAGAAGGGGCACAGUUACGAAGUGGACGUGUGGUCACUGGGGUGCAUAUUGUACACGCUGUUGGUGGGAAAGCCUCCAUUUGAGACCAGCUGCCUGAAAGAGACCUACAACCGCAUCAAGAAAAACAGCUACACCAUCCCCUGGCACAUAAAGCCAGGCGCGGCCUCUCUGAUCAAGAGGAUGCUGCAUGCGGAUCCCUCUCAGAGGCCGACCAUCUCCGAGCUGCAGGAAGACGAGUUUUUCACGUCCGGUUACAUCCCCUUACGGCUGCCCACGACCUGUCUCACUGUGCCCCCGCGGUUCUCCAUCGCCCCCUCUACGGCAGCCGAGCUCGGCCUGAGGCGUCCACUCACAGCCAUAAACAACAAAGCUGGAACAGAAAAGGUAGAGGUGAAGGACGAACCUGUGCAAAGGGAUGCUGACCCAGAAUGCAAUCUGAAAGACAUACUGCAGCAGCUGGACAGCAUUGUUGCCUCCAAGCCUGCUGACAAAGACAUUAUUCGUCAAGAAGAGGCCGAGGAUCCUGCGUGCAUCCCCAUUUUCUGGAUCAGCAAAUGGGUGGAUUACUCUGAUAAAUACGGACUGGGCUAUCAGCUCUGUGACAACAGCGUUGGCGUCAUGUUCAAUGACUACACACGCAUGAUCAUGUACGCCGACGGAGACAGUCUGCAGUACAUCGACAAGACGGCCAGCGAGUCCUACCUGAGCGUGCGCUCUUUCCCCGCCACCCUCAACAAAAAGAUAACACUGCUGAAAUACUUCCGGAACUACAUGAGCGAGCACCUGCUGAAGGCCGGCGCCAACGUGGCGCGGCGGGAAGGCGACGAGCUGGCCCGGCUGCCCUACCUCUCCCUGUGGUUCCGAACGAAGAGCGCCAUCGUGCUGCACCUCACCAACGGCACCGUUCAAGUCAACUUCUUCCACGAUCACACCAAGCUCAUCCUGUGCCCGCUCAUGGCCGCCGUCACCUACAUCGACGAGAAGCGCGAGUUUCGAACCUACAAGCUGUCUCUGCUGGAGGAGUUCGGCUGCAGCAAGGAGCUGGCCAGCAGGCUCCGCUACGCCAAGCUCAUGGUGGAGAAGCUGCUGGAGAGCAAACGCGCCAACGCCGCGCAUUAGCACCCGCUUUCUCAGUCUUGGUUUGUACUAACUCGAUGACGAAUUCCUCUGUAAUGCCUUUUAAAUGUUGGUUAUUUUAUCAGUCUGGUGUAGAGCCUUCCUUUAAAUUUAUUUUAAGUCAUCUUCAAGACCUGUACCAUGAAAGUACUCAGUAUCACACCUCAGAAUGUGUAUAGUUUCAUCUUCUGUUAACAGAAGCUCUUAUCAUUUUUAAGUUCUUGAUGAGUGACUGAAGUUGGAUCAAAGUGUCAGUUGUAUUUGGAAACUGGAGCCAUGUUGACAAAAUGCAUUCUGGAGAUCUGGGCUCAGGUUGAUUUUUGUGGGUGGAAGAUGUCGUCACUGUUCUGCUUUUCUCCUGUUUACCCGUUUUUUUUAUUUGUUUUGUCUGUCAACACAUCUCCAUCAUGUACACCAAUCCUGUAGUGACUUUUUAACUUCUCAGUGUUUUAGGUGUCAUUUUCAACAUGAUGUACAGACGCUUGUAUAUGCAUACAUGUUGUAAAGAUGGUUUAAAGUCACUUGAGUUUAAAUAAAGAUUUUGUUGAAGUGUA